GAAGGAAAAAAAGUCUGUGUAGUCUGUGACUAUCGUCGUCUUCAAAAAUUCUCAUUUGUGAGAGGUGCUGAGAUUCCGCGUUUAUUUACCUGAAAUACGAAAAAAAUAGGAAAACUUCGAAACAGCUGAUGUGACUCCGUUAUGGCCGGAGUUUUUGACAUCGAACUCCACGAUGAAGAUAUCGUGGCAGACUCCGACAACGAAGAUCAAGACAACGUCUUCGAUGCGGGGCCUUCUGCUGUUGACGACGUGCCUGAACAAGUCGAGAUACCAAUUAUUCAGCAAACAGUGAAUCCUGGUCUCCACGAACGUAUCGGACCGCAGGACUUCGAGCUACGCAAAGUUUUAGGGAAAGGCGGGUACGGGAAGGUAUUUCAAGUUCGUAAGCUCAAAGGAAAGGAUUCCGGAAUGAUCUUUGCGAUGAAGGUCCUGAAGAAGGCAACUAUUAUUCGGAACCAGAAGGACACCGCUCACACGAAAGCCGAGCGGAAUAUCCUCGAGUGUGUCAAGGUUAGUGUUCCUUGUUGCAAAAACACGUAUGAUUUUGAAACGCCGCCGUUCACGGGAGAGAACCGGAAGCGUACGAUUGAGAAGAUACUGAAAGCAAAGCUCAUAUUGCCACCAUACCUGACGCCUGAUGCUAAGGACCUAAUUAGGAAGCUGCUGAAGCGGCAGGGAUUUACAUAUGUGGCGCCAUCUAUCCUGGAGGAAAUGCAUAGGGCAAAUGUUUCGGUGAUUCGAGCCCGUUCUCCACGGAAGUGCAGCUUCCCGAAUGUGCUGCCAGGUGGCGUAGGAACCGGCAGCAGUGGCGACACCUCGGAAAUGAUGGACGUGACGCAUCCUUAACCCCUGCGAGGACCUUAGGACGGACGAUACGAAAUUUUCCCCUUCUCUUGUUCUCCGCCGAGUGAUUAAUCGCGCGUUAUUGUGCAUAGUUUCCGCCAGAGACACUUAUUUUAAUCGUGAGGCACAAAGUUAGCGUUAGCUCCCAGAGGUUUUACUUUUCUGCUUUCCAGGCCUCUGUUUAAUCUGUAUUUCUGGUCUUGGGGAAGUCCAGUCUCUGCCCCCAAGUUCCGUAUCACCUUAAGCUCGACAUGUGCCGAAGGAAGGAAGGAUGGGGUCUAUUCGGGAGUUGUUCGGCGUGUUUUCGCGGUGAACCACGUCCGAACACGGGGAUGCAGCAGGUGAUCAUUUCCGACGUUUCGUGGUUUCUUAUCUUGUCGUGUUUCUUUAUUUUGACGUGGUCUGAGGAUUUUGUUACUUGACUACAAUAGUGCAGCCGAAGACGUGAUUGACGCGGUUGCGACGAGUGCACUCGAACUUAAAAUGAGAAUAGGUAGUGCCAGUAAAUGGGGUUGUGUUGGCAAUGGUAAAGUGAAUGUCCAGUGGUGGUGUGUCGUAUCAAUUUGGCCCGUGUUCUUCGAACUCCUGCUGGCCCUUGGAGAAAUUUCUGUGAUUUAAUGCAGUGGAUACGAGAUUCACGAACAUUUUGCCAAUUUAAAUCUCGAACAUCAGCCGGUCCGCGGAAAUUGUGCCCCGUUUUUGCCGGUUCGCAGGGAAUGACCCCUACUUUUCUCUGGCCCGUGGGUGUAAAAAUAGGGUUGAAGAACACUGAUCGAUGUAGACAACUUUCCACGGUAUCAUUGUUGGUGGAUCAGUGGCUUUUUCCCGAAGUCUCUUGAUUAUCGCCGUGUGUUCGGAUUAUUCAGAACUGUGUUUAAAACGUACGACUCAACAUAUUUUGGGCAUUUCUCGCCCGAGUGUCCGUUGUGGUGGAGUCAAAUAUUGUACCUCAGUGAUCGUGGUCGAUGUGCAUAAGAUUUCCUGAGCGCUUCCGUCAAGGCCGAGUUGAGAUGAUCCGAGGACCUUUUCGUGGGAAUUUCGGUGCUGUCGUGAAUUAAAUCUUUGCCCUGCGUGCACAUGUCGUGAAGAUCGGACGAAGAGGGACUUCGACGGGAAGUGUCGAGCUGAGGUGAUGCCGACGUCGAAUGGAGUUAUUUUUGUGUGCCCAGAGGAGCGUUCGUUGUCGUGGAUCCGGGCGGAGGCUGGACUGAUGGUAGCAUUUUUCUGUGGCUUUCGUGCGCCUAGUCAAGCGUCUUCCGUGGAGCGCUGAAGCUUGCCACUAUCUGGGGUUCUGCUCUGAAAAUUGUGCCUGGGACUCGCUGGUGCCUCUGCCUCCUCUUUUCUUACGUAGGAAAAGAAAACUGCUCUGUGUCCGUGGAAUUAUUAUGAUUAUUACUGCGAAUUCAAAGAAACGUGCUACCGACAA